AUGAAAUUUGCUCGUACCCGUCUUGGUGUAUGCGGACAUACCAGGGACAAACAGACAUUCGCAUAUAUGUAUAUGUAUGUAGACGCAAGAAGCAGUAACUGGCAUGCGGCAGAGCAUUUGGAGGGCCGCGUAAUGCCGCCCCAAAAGCCAGUAAUUGCUGACGAUGAUAAACUUUUUGGUGAUGGUGAUACUGAUAGUUAUAGCGAUGACGAUGAUGGUGAUGCUGAUAAUGAUGACAGUGGUAAUGGUAGUGAUGCUGAUUGCUGGCAGCGUUAG